CAGUUUGUGACUAAGGUUGUUACUGAAGAAUCCUGGAGGCGGGGCUCAUCCCUGGAGGAAGACAGGACAGAGGCUCAGAGGAUCUCCAAGAGGAGAUGGAGCUCUGGGAAAAGGUCAAGGCCUCGACCACUCUCAGACUAUGGCCAGUUUGCCAGCCGAAGUUUGUCUAUUCCUGAAGACUCAAUUGCUGUGGACCCCCAGAAGGAGGACAUUGUGGACAGUGACCACCAGCUGAGCAUGGCCUCCACAGUCCCUGCAGACCAGAAUGCUGCCAUGGGCUGCCCCAAAGGAGGCCAGAGAAGACGCCCCAUCUCUGUGAUAGGUGGGGUCAGCUUCUAUGGGAACAGCCAGACAGAAGCAAUAGAGAAUCUUCUAACCCAACCAGCAGCCAGGCCUCCCGUGCCAGCUCACCAGGUGCCGCCCUACAAAGCGGUUUCAGCCCGAUUCCGGCCAUUCACGUUUUCCCAGAGCACCCCCAUUGGGCUGGACCGCGUGGGACGGCGGCGGCAGAUGCGAGCAUCCAAUGUUUCUUCAGAUGGUGGCACUGAGUCCUGUGCCUUAGUGGACGACAACGGCAGUGAGGAGGACUACAGCUAUGAAGAUCUCUGUCAGGCCAACCCCAGAUACCUGCAGCCAGGUGGGGAGCAGCUGGCCAUCAAUGAGCUGAUCAGCGAUGGCAGUGUGGUCUGUGCAGAAGCCUUAUGGGACCACGUGACCAUGGAUGACCAGGAACUGGGCUUCAAGGCAGGAGAUGUCAUCCAGGUUCUGGAAGCAUCUAACAAGGACUGGUGGUGGGGCCGGAACGAGGACAAGGAGGCCUGGUUCCCUGCAAGCUUUGUCCGAUUGCGAGUCAAUCAGGAAGAGCUGUCAGAGAACUCCGGCAGCACACAGGGUGAGGAGCAGGAGGAGGAUGCCGGCAAGACCCGCCACAAGCACCCUGAGAGCAAGCAGCAGAUGCGGACAAAUGUCAUCCAGGAGAUCAUGAACACUGAGCGCGUUUACAUCAAGCACCUCAAGGACAUCUGUGAGGGCUAUAUUCGACAGUGUCGCAAGCACACGGGAAUGUUCACAGUUGCACAGCUAGCCACCAUUUUUGGAAACAUUGAAGAUAUUUACAAAUUCCAAAGAAAGUUCCUGAAAGACCUUGAGAAACAGUACAAUAAAGAGGAACCUCAUUUAAGUGAAAUAGGAUCCUGCUUUCUUCAACAUCAAGAGGGCUUUGCCAUCUAUUCCGAGUACUGUAACAACCACCCGGGCGCCUGUGUGGAGCUGUCCAGCCUGAUGAAGCAGGGCAGGUACCGGCACUUCUUCGAGGCCUGCCGCCUGCUGCAGCAGAUGAUCGACAUCGCCAUUGAUGGCUUCCUGCUUACGCCUGUGCAGAAGAUCUGCAAAUACCCUCUGCAGCUGGCCGAGCUGCUCAAGUACACCACGCAGGAGCACAGUGACUACAACAAUAUAAAGGCAGCCUACGAGGCCAUGAAGAAUGUAGCCUGUUUGAUCAAUGAGCGCAAACGCAAGCUGGAAAGCAUAGACAAGAUAGCGCGGUGGCAAGUGUCCAUCGUAGGCUGGGAGGGACAGGACAUUUUAGACCGAAGUUCAGAACUGAUCCAUUCUGGGGAGCUGACCAGAAUCACUAAGCAAGGCAAGAGCCAGCAGCGGACAUUCUUUCUGUUUGACCACCAGCUUGUGUCCUGCAAGAAGGACCUACUGCGCAGGGACAUGCUCUAUUACAGGGGCCGCAUGGAUAUGGAUGACAUGGAGCUCGUGGACCUGGAGGACGGGCGGGACAAGGACUGGAACCUCAGUGUGAAAAAUGCCUUCAAGCUUGUCAGCAAAACCACGGAUGAGGCUCAUCUAUUUUGUGCCAAGAAACAAGAAGACAAGGCAAGGUGGCUGCAGGCUUAUGCCAAUGAAAGGAGACGGGUGCAGGAGGACCAGGAAAUGGGAAUGGAAAUUUCCGAAAACCAAAAGAAACUUGCCAUGCUAAAUGCUCAAAAGGCGGGACAUGGGAAAUCCAAAGGCUACAGCGGAUGCCCCGUGGCCCCGCCGCACCAGAGCUUGCAUCCCAUCCACCAGCGCCAUGUCACCGUGCCCACCAGCGUCCCUCAGCAGCAGGUCUUCUCCCUGGCAGAACCCAAGCGGAAGCCGUCGCUGUUCUGGCACACCUUCCAUAAACUCACCCCCUUCAAGAAAUGAAGGCGGGAGGGCCGCAUGUCCACUGAGGUGGCCGUGAAGAGGACCUUAUUGUUCCUUCUGUGCUCAACCCAAGGACGGACGGUCUGUUGUACCCAGUGCUGGAACUGCUUUUGGGGAUGCAGAAAGAUGAGAAGGACUUGGGCUCCCCUCAGUCCCAGAGACCAGCUGCCUCCUUGGAACAGGGAGAAGGUGAUGAUGCUUCCAUGUACACAGGAACCUUCUGUGACCUGUGCUGAGGUGGCCGAGACCAAGAAACUGGUGAUACGCUCUAAAGUGAGCGCUGGGCAGUGACCCUGCCAGCCUCGCUGAUGACGAGUGCUGGUGCUACAGCCCAGGCCCAAGUGCUGCGAGGAAGGGCAAGAUGGCUUGGCAUGUUUGCAUUUGAUUUGAAGGGAAUGGUCGUCCUGGGGUUGGGACCGUACUGCCCGUCACUGGCACGGGUAAGCUGUUCCUCUUUUCCAUAGUAUUAGGGGACUUGGUGCAGACGUGUUACCUGGUGUCAUCUGAAUCCACACAGUUGCCAAAUGGUAGUUAGCAGGCUUCAUCUUGCCAAGCUGGAGGGACAAGCAGGAUGAGCCUCUCACAGGGAGCUCUGCAAUGCAGAGCGACUUCAGCCCCCUAAGUAUAAGGCCGCUUCCCAGGGAGGGAGGCAGGGGCAUCCUGCGGCGGGCUAGAUCAGUCCUUCUCAAGUCAGAUGCUCUCCUGCCCACAGGCAGUGUGGAACCCCAUGAGCAGAAACCGUGUCUACUGGCAAGUCAUAACCUAAAAGUUCUAUUCAGAAAUAUCUGUUUGCAAUAUAAAACCUAUAAAACCCAUUUACUUUAGUUUUAUGAUCAAGGGAAUAUGCAGAUGCACUGAUUGAAAGGCAUUCUCAUUCCACCAGUUGUUCGUGGCCCCGGCACCAAUUAAGUUAGAUGACUUUGACAUCCCCCUGAGAAAGCAUGAGCUUCACAGUAGUCUAGUUGCUGGCAUGCGUAGCUCACUUGGUUGCAUUAACCCAAACAGUAGUGCUAACUGUGCCAUUAUUAGCAUGUCAAGUGGUUUCUGAGGCUUCCCUCUUUAUAAAAGAAACCUUAACAAAAUAUAUCUAGACUCGAGAUAGCAGUCUUUUUGUAACGAGGGCCACAUGGGCUGAUACCUAUCAACAGUUUUCUCCUAGUCUUUGUCUAUGUUGUACAUUUUGAUGAAAAUAACUUUUCUCCAAUGUGUUGGAGAAGACAGACUCUAAAGAGAGAGGCCAUUGUAAUGGACUUAGUGCACUGGACCAGGGGGCAGGGAUUGUAUGACACAAUUUGUGGUUUUCUAUUUGAAAAUCUUCUUUUUUGUAUGCUACUCUCAAAAAGUUCUUUUUUCUACUAGACCCAUGCUUGAGAAUAAACAGACCUGUACUGUCAGACACAGAGGUGUAAUCUGAGUCUCUGGGCGUGUGGUUCAUCCCCUCCCUCACCCUCUCCCAUGCCCAGAACUGUUCCUGAAGGAAGUCACAUCCUGCAACAAGAAGACACCAUCCUGGGCCUCUCCAGGAAGGCUUAGAGCAGCAACAUGUAAACGUUUGUCAGGAAAUCGUCCCUGUUCUUGAGCACCUCCAUGUGCCCACUUCCAGGCAGUGUUGCUGGAAGGCCAUGCUGCUCCAGGCCAGUGUCCCUGGGCCGUUUCUGUAAACCUUCUAGUGAGUGUCCCAGGAUAGAGGCUGCUUCUGUGAGGAGGUUUCUCAGGAUGUGCUGUAACUGCAUGUGCACAUGCAUGUGUGUUUCAAUUUUGAAUAGACAUCUCAAUUUAGUUGCGUUUAUGUAACUGACAUUUUUGCUAACAAAAAUGAUACAUUUUAUAAACUAUGCUAAAUAUGCUUUUUGUGGACCCCUCAGCAAUAACUGUAGGGGUCUCUGUGCUAAUAGAGUUGUUUGUAUAUACAGCAGUUUUGAACAAUUGGUUGUGUUUUUUUUUUUUUUUAAUACAAGAGAAUUAUGUUAAGGAAACAGAAUUUGCUUAGGUUAUAUUUUUAGUGAGGACUCAGCAAGUAAAGAACAACUCAGAAGGCUUCCACUUACUAAUAUUUAUUAAUGAGCAAUGAAGAAAUACUUUAAGUUCUGAGAUGAGUCCUGAUUUAUUUCCCAGCUGAGCCCUAACUUUGGUCCCCACCUCUCGCUCAGUGGGGUCCCAACAGGAGCAGGAAGCUCGGAUACCAGAGCCCUUAGGGCCCCCAGGCUGCCCUGUCAGCUCUGUACUGUGUGAGAAUCACCUGGUCAAAUACGAGUUCUGGGUGGAUCCUGGUGAUUUUGAAAACUGCUAAAAUAGAUUUAAAAUGAUAGAAUGUCCUUUGACUUCUUUAAGUCUGUAUGUCCAGUUUCGGUGGUUUUACCAAAUGCCUGAGUUCUAUAAAGAACAGAUGGCUCAAGCAUUCUGAUUCUGGUUUGCCAAACUUCUUUCUUGUUCCACUCAGAAAGUAGAGAGAAAAAUAAAGAGCCUUCUAUACAGAUUAUGUAUGACUUUCUUUGGGUAUCUCGCUUUCUGUCUUCUCUCUUUUUACCCUACAUUGCGUAAUAUGGUGGACCAAAAGAAAAAAAGAUGAUAGAGACUUUUGAUGAAUUUCACUAAUACUGUUAUUCAUAUUUCAGAAUUUGCCAACCGUUUUGAAAGACAGUUGCCAUGGCCUUGGGUCAAGAGCAACCUUCAUCAGACCUAAGGCAUAGGGCAGCCUCGCAGUGCUAUAAGCUGCCAUAGAGUAGAAUAUUUAUAAAGUCCUGGAGAAGCAGCAUUCUUUGUCUUUGGCCUGCAAACUGGAAAGCUUUGCCCAGCAGCUGCCCAGAGCUUUGAUGAGACCAUCUGCAUAGUUUGUUUUGAGUAGAUCUGAUCUAUUUGUCCUCUGGUCAGAUCUGAUUUUGUAGUUUAAAACAUUUCACUUCCAUCUCCCCACUAUUUCUGAAUAUUGUUGUGUCUUUGUAUACCUGAUCUAGAUGAAGACUAACUCUGUGCCUGUUCAGAAAAAUCCCCCUCCAACAGACAGUGCUGUUUUCUAGACAGAGCAGAAGUGCACUUAAUUGAAAAUUUGGUUCACAGUAGAAAUCAUUUGUAAAAUCCAGGUGGUGCUGUAUUUUAUCAGUUGGAAGUCUUUAUAUUGCCCAAAUUGCUGAUACUCCCCAAUAAAAUCAACUUACUUAGCCAGAGAACAGCCUGAUUACCUGGAGUUUGGGGGGAAAUUGCUGACGAGAGAAACAGAUGUGUCUCUCCCAGGACAGUGCCAGCAAGCGUGAAUAAAUGUCCUUUCAAGGCUACAGGACACAAAACAACGAGGUUAAACCGCACAAAAACAAUUGUCCCUGUAAUAAGCUUAUCCUACAGAUUGUUCUCCUUGUUAAAAUUCCACGUGGCUAAUGCUGCUCUCAGGAUGGAUGUGGUAAAGUAGAAUUUAAAAGAUUUGGGGAAAAACAAAACAAAACUGUCUGAUGUUGAAAAACCCAAAAGUUUAAAUAUUUGAUGCAAAUAUACUUAGCGACAGUACAUGUAACAAUAUUGCUUAUAAUUAUUCCAUGGGCAUCAACAUUUGUAUUUAGAAAGUACUUAACUUGAUUCUGUGAUUUCAUAAUUGGUCAUUUUUGUAAGUAUUCACAUCAUUCAUGUUUGACUUACCUACCUACUUUGCAAGGCUUUGGGUAACCUUUUCAUUUUAACUCAUCGGUGUCAAGAUGGUGUAUCCGUAUAAGUUGUGACAGCUUCCAAACUGAUGACUUGGCUGUUGACCUCUGAAAGAUGUUGAACAAGAUUGCUGUAACUUGAUAUGUAUUUUUGUUGAAUGAAGUUUUUGUAAAAAUUUAUAUAUAUAUAUUUACAAUGUUAUUUGAAUAAUUUCUUGUAAAUGCUGUGAAUCUAUAUUUGUUGUUUUGUAUCUGUAUAUUAAACUUAAUUUGCCAAACUGGUUCUAGUAAUGCA